AUCAUUGAGCCGAGCACAAGCCCUUGGAGGGCCCAGGUGGUUGUUGUUCGGACUGGGCAGAAAAAUAGGAUGGUGGUGGACUAUAGUCAAACCAUCAAUAGGUUUACGCAGCUUGACGCAUACCCCCUACCCCGCAUCGCGGAUAUGGUCAACCAGAUUGCUCAGUAUAAGGUGUACUCGACAAUAGAUCUGAAAUCCGCUUAUCACCAGCUCCCCAUCUGCCCAGAGGACCGCCCCUACACCGCCUUCGAGGCGGGCGGCCGGCUCUAUCACUUCCUGCGCGUCCCUUUCGGUGUCACGAAUGGUGUCUCUGUCUUCCAGAGGGAAAUGGACCGGAUGGUGGACCAGUACCAACUGCAGGCCACAUUUCCCUAUCUGGAUAACAUCACCAUCUGUGGUCAUGACAGGCCAGAUCACGACGCCAACCUCCAACGGUUUCUCCAAGUGGCCGCAGCUCUGAACCUUACUUAUAACAGGGACAAGUGUGUUUUUGGUACCACCCGCCUUGCUAUACUUGGGUAUGUCGUGGAAAACGGGGUUAUUGGGCCUGAUCCCGAACGUAUGCGCCCCCUGUUAGAGCUCCCUCUUCCCACCACUCUCAAGGCCCUCAGACGGUGCCUGGGGUUUUUUUCCUAUUACGCCCAAUGGGUCCCCCAUUACGCAGACAAGGCUCGCCCCCUGGUCAAGUCUACCUCGUUUCCCCUCUCUGCUGAGGCCUGCGCGGCCUUCAACUGCAUUAAAGCGGACAUUGCCAAAGCUACGAUGCAUGCAGUGGACGAGACCGCUCCCUUCCACGUGGAGUGUGAUGCCUCCGAUUUCGCUCUGGCUGCUACCCUUAAUCAGGAAGGCAGACCAGUAGCAUUCUUUUCUCGCACCCUCCAAGGCUCUGAAAUUCGGCACUCCGCGGUGGAGAAAGAAGCCCAGGCCAUAGUGGAGGCUGUUAGGCACUGGAGGCACUAUCUUGCUGGCAAAAGAUUCACUGUGCUGACCGACCAGCGCUCGGUUGCGUUCCUGUUCAGCAACCAACAGCGGGGCAAGAUCAAAAAUGAUAAGAUUUUGCGGUGGAGGAUAGAACUCUCCACCUACACCUAUGAUAUCCUGUACCGGCCUGGCAGACUCAAUGAGCCCCCUGAUGCCCUAUCCCGGGGAACAUGUGCUAGCACACAGCUCGACCAGCUGUACGCCCUUCAUGCACAACUUUGCCAUCCGGGGGUCACCCGAUUUUACCAUUUUGUGAAAGCUCGGAACCUGCCGUACUCCCUGGAGGACAUCAGGACGAUGACCAGGGACUGCCAAAUUUGUGCCGAGUGCAAACCGCACUUCUACUGUCCUGACACGGCACAACUUGUCAAGGCCACCCGCCCUUUUGAACGCCUGAGUGUUGACUUUAAGGGCCCCCUUCCCUCCACUGACCGCAAUGUCUAUUUUCUCAGUGUUAUUGACGAGUUCUCACGGUUCCCCUUUGCCAUCCCCUGCCCCGACACCACUGCCACGUCCGUCAUAAAAGCCCUGCGCCAGCUCUUCACUCUGUUCGGGUAUCCCUGCUAUAUCCACAGUGAUAGAGGGUCCUCCUUUAUGAGUGAAGAGCUGCGCCAGUACUUGCUAGCUAGGGGCAUUGCUACCAGUCGGACCACGAGUUAUAAUCCCCGGGGUAAUGGCCAGGUAGAGCGGGAGAAUGCCACAGUGUGGAAGGCCACACUUUUAGCCCUCAAGUCCAAAGGGUUGCCGGUCUCUCGAUGGCAGGAGGUCCUCCCUGAGGCACUGCACUCUAUCCGCUCUCUGUUAUGUACGUCCACCAAUGCCACCCCUCACGAACGCCUAUUCUCUUUUCCCAGGAAGUCUGUCACUGGGACCACCCUACCAGUUUGGCUGACGUCCCCGGGGCCAGUGCUGCUCCGGAAACAUGUGAGGAGCAAUAAAUAUUCCCCGCUGGUGGAGAGGGUUCACCUUCUCCAUGCGAACCCCCAGUAUGCUUACGUGGUCUUACCUGAUGGGCGGGAGGACACGGUCUCCAUCCGCGACCUGGCACCCGCAGGUGCAGCAGACCACUACCCUGAAGGCUCUCCGGUAACUGUGAACCCUGCACCAGAGGUGACACCGUACUCACCAGGCCCUACACAGACUCCUCACGACACUUGUAUACCGGGCGUUUCGUACGCAUUUAUACCAGGCGCCUCGCACAUGCAUGAGGGAUCACCGGCGCCUAGUGGGCAAGAACACGCGCAACCCCCGUCCCCUGUGCAAUCGCCAAUGUUGCCGGCACCUAUGCGGUCACAGCCGGUGCUACGUAGAUCGCAGCGACAGAUUCGACCGCCUGAUCGGCUUGACUUGUAAGAACCUUCGCUACAUGAGGACUUUUUCAAACGAAGGGGGGGUGAAUGUGGUGAACUAUGUGCCUGUCGGGACACGCCCCCUGCUGACUGCUCCUGUGGCUCCUCCCACAGGCCCCUGUAUAAAGGAGACCUGCGGCCUGAAGAUCGGCCUCAGUCUCCAGGACCUUGUAUGAUAGACACUCACUCCUGGUUCCUUCUUCCAGUCAAUAAAAGCCGAUAUCUCGCCUACGUCUCAGUGUGAGUUA